AGUGCAACAAUUGUGUACAAUGUUCGUUGUGUGUUCUCAGGGAGCACCAACUGGGUGUACAACCCUGAGAGAGGCUUCUACCACCACACUGAGACUCUCUCCUCCGCCUGGGCACCUCUCACCAGCACUCAACUCAGCCAGUAUGUCUCCGCUAACUACUCUCUCAUCUUUAGGAACAUUGUUCUGGACCAAUUUGUGAACAAGAACCUCACCUCAACCAUCCUACAGAAGAUCACUGAUGACUUCAUCACCUUAAGGAAUGCCGGCAUGAAGGUGGUGCUGAGGUUCUGCUACUCCCUCGACGCCACCAACAUCAACAACGCCCCGCCCGCUCAACUGGCGGCCCAUAUACAGCAGUUAACACCUCUCCUACAGGAAAGGUUGUUGGAGGAGUGCCACUAA